UUUAAGUCGUGACCGCGUAGUUGUUGGAGACAUUUGAAAACGGCUGAAGUUCUCCGCCGGGCAUUAGAGCGCUUAUACGAGACUCACUGGUCUAGCUACCAUGGAGCUAAAUGACGCCAACCUCCAUACUCUGACUGAGUACUUGCAGAAAACACUAAGCCCGGAUCCCCUCGUCAGACGGCCAGCUGAGAAGUUUCUAGAAUCGGUGGAGGGGAAUCAGAACUACCCUAUUUUGCUGCUCACUGCACUGGAGAAAUCCCAGGACGACGUUAUCCGUGUGUGCGCUGCAGUCACCUUCAAGAAUUACAUAAAGAGGAACUGGCGUAUAGUUGAAGAUGAACCAAACAAAAUUUCAGACCCUGACCGGACAGCUGUCAAAGCCAACAUUGUAAAUUUGAUGCUGACCAGUCCAGAGCAAAUACAGAAACAGCUCAGCGACGCCAUUAGUAUCAUUGGCAGAGAAGACUUCCCUCAGAAGUGGCCUGACCUGCUGACUGAAAUGGUGACGCGCUUCCAGAGCGGAGACUUCCACAUCAUCAAUGGCGUGCUCCGCACUGCUCACUCGCUUUUUAAAAGGUAUCGGCAUGAAUUCAAGUCCAAUGAGCUGUGGAUGGAGAUCAAACUGGUGCUGGAUACUUUCGCUCAGCCGCUGACUGAGCUCUUCAAGGCCACGAUUGACCUGUGUCAAACUCACGCCACAGACAUCAAUGCCCUGAAGGUCCUCUUCUCCUCCCUCACGCUCAUUUCCAAGCUUUUUUACAGUCUCAACUUCCAGGAUCUUCCAGAGUUCUUUGAGGACAAUAUGGAGACUUGGAUGACACAUUUCCACAAUUUGUUAACCUUGGAUAACAAGCUUUUACAGACUGAAGAUGAGGAGGAGGCAGGCCUCCUGGAGUUGCUGAAGUCUCAGAUCUGCGACAACGCUGCACUCUACGCCCAGAAGUACGACGAAGAGUUCCAGCCCUACCUUCCACGCUUCGUCACGGCCAUCUGGAACCUGCUGGUCACCACAGGGCAGGAGGUGAAAUAUGACCUGCUAGUGAGCAACGCCAUUCAGUUCCUGGCAUCCGUGUGUGAGAGGCCGCACUACAAGCAUCUGUUCGAAGACCAGAACACGCUCACCAGCAUCUGCGAGAAGGUCAUCGUCCCCAACAUGGAGUUCAGAAGUGCGGAUGAAGAAGCGUUUGAGGAUAACUCUGAAGAGUAUAUUAUAAGAGACCUUGAAGGAUCAGAUAUCGACACCAGACGAAGGGCAGCGUGCGACCUGGUCCGAGGCCUCUGCAGGUUCUUCGAGGGUCCGGUGACGGCCAUCUUCUCCGGCUAUGUGAACUCCAUGCUGAAUGAGUACGCCAAGAACCCCGCUGCAAACUGGAAGCAUAAAGACUCCGCCAUCUACCUAGUCACGUCACUGGCCUCCAAGGCUCAGACGCAGAAGCACGGCAUAACGCAGGCCAAUGAGCUCGUAAACCUGACAGAGUUCUUUGUGAGCCACAUUCUGCCGGACCUGAGGUCUCCCAGCGUGAACGAGUUUCCAGUCCUGAAAGCAGAUGCUGUCAAGUACGUCAUGACCUUCAGAAGCCAGCUUCCCAAGGAGCAGCUGCUGGAGACGGUGCCCCUGCUCGUGGCUCACCUGCGGGCGGAGAGCACGGUUCAGCACACUUACACCGCCCAUGCCCUGGAGCGCCUCUUCACCAUGAGGGGACCCAACAACUCCACCCUGUUUUCUGCUACAGAGAUUGCCCCUUUCACUGAACAGCUCCUCAACAACCUGUUCAAUGCUCUGGCAAUACCAGGCUCAUCUGAGAAUGAGUACAUCAUGAAAGCCAUCAUGCGGAGCUUCUCCCUGCUGCAGGAAACCAUCGUGCCCUACAUCCCAACCCUGAUUGGCCAGCUCACACACAAGCUCCUCCUAGUUAGCAAGAACCCCAGCAAGCCCCAUUUCAACCACUACCUGUUUGAGUCCCUGUGCUUGUCCAUCCGGAUCACGUGCAAGGCCAACCCAGCCAGCGUGCUCAGCUUCGAGGAAGCCCUUUUUCCUGUCUUCACCGAGAUCCUCCAGAGUGAUGUGCAGGAGUUUGUGCCAUACGUGUUCCAGGUGAUGUCUCUCCUACUGGAGAUCCACACCAGCUCCAUCCCCUCCUCCUACAUGGCCCUCUUCCCCCACCUGCUUCAACCCGUGCUGUGGGAGCGCACGGGCAACAUCCCACCACUGGUGCGACUGCUACAGGCCUACCUGGAGAAGGGCGGGACCACCAUCGCCGGCUCCGCCCCGGACAAGAUUCCCGGCCUGCUCGGAGUGUUCCAGAAGCUCAUUGCCUCCAAGGCCAACGACCACCAGGGCUUCUACCUGCUCAACAGCGUUGUGGAGCACAUGCCGCCUGAAUCCAUUGGUCAGUAUAGGAAGCAGAUCUUUAUCUUGCUCUUCCAGAGACUUCAGAGCUCCAAGACGACCAAGUUCAUUAAAAGUUUCUUAGUCUUCGUGAACCUCUAUUGUGUGAAAUAUGGGGCAAUCGCCUUGCAGGAGAUAUUUGAUGACAUCCAGCCAAAGAUGUUUGGCAUGGUUCUGGAGAAGAUCGUGAUCCCAGAGGUGCAGAAAGUGUCCGGGCAGGUGGAGAAGAAGAUCUGUGCCGUGGGCAUCACAAAGAUCCUCACCGAGUGCCCAGCGAUGAUGGACACGGAGUACACCAAGCUGUGGCCUCUGGUGCUGCAGGCUCUCAUCGGUCUGUUUGAACUGCCGGAAGACGACAGCAUUCCAGAUGACGAGCACUUCAUCGAUAUCGAGGACACGCCCGGAUACCAGACGGCGUUCUCUCAGCUGGCCUUCGCCGGCAAGAAGGAGCAUGAUCCGAUCGGAGACGCCGUCAGCAACCCCAAAAUACUGCUGGCCCAGUCUUUACAUAAACUCUCCACAGCCUGCCCUGGAAGGGUGCCCUCAAUGCUGAGCACGAGUCUGAACGCCGAGGCUCUCCAGUUCCUGCAGGGCUAUCUCCAGGCAGCAUCAGUGCAGCUCGUCUAAAGGGGGCACUCGCGUUUUCUCUUGGGGUGGUGCUGGAGGCCCUCUUCCUGGAGACUGUCCGCAUGCUGCGGGGGAACGGGGAUUUGCUGUCGAGAUUGGGACUGACGUACCCGGAACUUCACCAACCAACAGACGACCCGUUGACUUGAUCUCUCACACACAAGUGACCACAGAGUUGCCCGAUGUUAUGCAGUAAUCCGUAUAACGGAAUUUUUAAGGAAAUGGAUUUCCUUCAUUUUAAAGUGGGGGAAAAUGAGAGGAGAAUAGCAAAGUUGACCUACAUGGAAGGGUUGUCAGUUAGGUGGCCAGUAUUCAGCUGCCACUGUGCUCAGUUGAGUUUGAGCCAAUGCUGCUUCUGCACUCUGAUUUUCGAGCUAGCGCUUUGAUAUAACUUCUUGAAUCUGUUCUUGGUCUACUGGCACUUAAUCCAAGCAAAAGAAACCUCCAUUACCUGUGUUGACGACAGUAUUUUGGAGCAAAAAUGACACACCGGACAAACAUUCGACAGCUUGAGUUGGCGGACAUUUGGUAUCACAAAGGAAGGGGAAGCGUUUUGGUUUUCUUUUUUCUGUACUAGUUUUACUGUAUGAGGGCUGAUGUCCUAAAAGCAGACGCCCCUCCAAGCCUCACGCCCGCGGUCCUCCCCUCCUCCCUUGUUGCAUGUAUCAGUGUGUUGUCUUUGUCUGGUCUUACUUUUAAGGCUUUGUCUAAUUGUUAAUAAAGAGAGGCACUUCUA